CUUUUCCGAAAAUGACAUCAUAGACUUGUCUGGAUUGGCAGGAGGCAGCUCACGGGACAAGGUCAUUCAGAUUCAAAGAAGCGGGCCAAUCUAGCUCUCCACGAUGUUGUCAUUAAUGAGACAGUCAUGUAGUCGGCUGAAAAUUUCACGAAUUGCAGCGUACAGCACUGUAGCUGAUGGUGGAUUGCCUGAUAUGCCUGCAUGUGAUUUCACACCACCACAGCAUACAGGCAUUAAUUAUGAAGAUUCUAUGAAAAUUAGGAAAGAGAAACUUCAUCCCAAUUUACUGACAUAUUAUAGAAAACCAAUUCUUGUAACCGAUGGGCAUAUGCAGUGGUUAUUUGAUGAUAAUGGAAGACAAUAUCUAGAUUUGUUUGCUGGCAUUGUGACUGUUAGUGUUGGACAUUGUCAUCCGAAAGUGGUUGGUGCGCUGGAAAAACAAAUAAAGAAACUUUGGCAUACAACGAGUAUUUACUUGCACCCAAAUAUACAUGAAUAUGCUGAGAAGCUGACAUCAAGGUUACCAGAACACCUAAAGGUUGUAUAUUUUGUAAAUAGUGGUUCCGAGGCCAAUGAUUUAGCAAUGACAAUGGCUAGACUACAUACUGUAACCAUGGCAAAAGGUAUGGGAAAUGGUUUCCCAAUGGCAGCAGUUGUAACAACAACAGAAAUUGCUAAUAGUAUGCAAGGUGUGUUGCAUUUCAAUACAUUUGGUGGUAAUCCCAUGUCCUGUGCUGUGGGUAGUGUUGUGCUUGAUCUUCAAUUGGGUACAGCAAAAAACAGGGCCUAG